AAGGGAUCCAGGGACCAAACGGGUUCUCGCAUCCGCCGCCCGCGAUCCGCGAACGCGGAGGGACACCAAUCACACCACAGCGCGCAAGAUGAGCAGCAGCGGCGGCGGCGGGGCGGUGAAGACGCCGUCGGACUUCCUCAAGUCCAUCAGGGGCUUGCCCGUCGUCGUCAAGCUCAACUCCGGCGUCGACUACCGAGGUAUUCUGGCUUGUCUUGAUGGAUACAUGAACAUCGCGAUGGAGCAAACUGAAGAGUAUGUGAAUGGUCAGCUAAAGAACAAAUAUGGUGACGCAUUCAUAAGAGGAAACAAUGUAUUGUACAUCAGUACAUCCAAGCGUACCCUUACAGACGGUUCGUGAGAGGUGAAACUGUUAAGAUCUUCAGUGCCAGUCUUGCAACUCGACCGAUUAUGAGUGAAUUUUAUGUAUUACAUUCUUUUCCAGUUGUACUGACAGGCGACAGCUAUGCUUGAUGUUAAUGUUAGCAGCUUGGAACUCUGUCCACAUAUUUUGCACUCAAGAUAUGUGGUGGUAAUUCGACCUGUAGAGAUACAGAUAAGACUCUGGUGUCAUAAACUGAAAUGUCUGCUAUCUCAAAUAUUUUUGUGAAUCAAAAAGACAUCAUUGAUCUUUGGCUAA